AUGUCUGGUGCAGUUGGGGCAGGAGUGGAGGGGAAGAGGGACGCAGCCUGCGGCGCCCAGAUAAGCGGCUGUUUAUCUUCCUCCCGAUGCUGCCGGCCGUGCGGCCGCCGCGCCAAGGGGAGGAAGCACUGGACAAUAGACCCUGGGAGAGCCGAGGGCUGCGACCUGCAGCCGGUGACGGCGAAGCUGCCCAUCACCCUGUCCUAUGCCACCAGCACGGUGCCGCGGGGCUGUGUCAGCAGCAGCUCCACAGGCACUGACCGUGAAGUCCACAUCCUCAGCGUCAAGUGGUCCAAGGACUCUGCCUUCCCGCUGCAGGUGUCCGUCACGCCGCGAUCCGGUGGCUGCACCCACUCAGUGAUUCUCAUCCUCCUGUGCGCCCACUGCUCAGCCAACGUCACCUCCCCGUGCAAGGACCUGCUCAUCCACACCGAUGCCCUCCUCUUCCCGGGGACCACCGCGACACGGGGCCCUGAGCUGCCCACGGCCACCGGCGAGGGCCAGCUGCUGGCCUGGGCUCGGGACACCUACAGGAGCAUCACGUCCUACAGCGAGCUGCGGGACCCCCGCUGGGUCCAGCUCCACCUGGGAGAAGGCACUGCCAGACCCCUGGACUGCAUCCCCCAGGAGAACUUCAACGCCACGCUGCACCUCGAGACUGAGGUCUUCUUCCACGGGGUGAAAGGCUGCUCACGUGGGGAUGCCCAGAGCACCAGGGCUGCCCACAUCGUCCGCCUGCAGCCUGAGCCCAGCUCCCCCAUCACGGAGGUGAACCUGUCCCUGAGCUGUCCCGAGAGAACUGUGAGCAACCAGAUCCUCAUCCUGCAGAGCUGGGCCAACUUCACCUGGUCCCUCUCCGUCAACAACAACUGCCACAUCCAGUUCCUGGUCUCUGGGAACUACAGGAUCGCACCCAUCUCCUCGCUGCUGCUCCCUGGGGAGCGCCUGCCUGACACGGAGCAGGGCCUUAUCGCCAAAGCCUUCGAGAAGAACUACAGCGUCAUCGCCUCCUACUCCACCAUCCCCGCCAGCACCCACGUCAGCCUGGAGAUCCAGGAGCAUGAGGUGGUCAGGGGGGUGCCUGUGACGCCCGCCCCCCCAGCACCCACCACCCACUCGCUGCCCCAUGUGGUGCUGCUCAUGCUUCAGCCCUGGAAGUGCACGGACGAAACCAUGGAGAUCGUCAUCGCCAGAUCCCACCUGGAGCCCAUCAAGGACGUGGUGAACAUCACCCUGCGGGACAUCAGCUGCCAGGCAGAGAAAAACGCCACUCACUUCAUGCUGAAGACCCCCCUCAGCCACUGCGGCACCUCGCUGGAGGGCAGGGGCCACGCCAACAAUGAGCUCAUCCUCAACCUGGCCAAGGGUGCAACGUUCCAGAGUGUGCGGGUAAGAGCGGGAUCUCCCAGCGGGCCCAGGGGCAUCCAUGCGGUGGGAGGACCACCCGGCCGACCUGCAGCUGAAGGCGUGCUGGCUGGCGGCGGCGGGGGGGGAGCCCGUGCCGCGGGGGGGGGGCGGGGGGAGCCGGUGCUGCUGGUGCAGGGCGGGGAGGCACGUGGCACGGGGGGGACAGUGCUGGAGGGCCCCCCCAGCAGCCACGGGAGGAAGGUCUGGCGCUUCCGCUUCACCUACGCCAUCCCCGAGGGCGGGCGCAUCCCCUUCUCUGCCACCCUCAAGUGCAAGGCCGGCUUGCAGGUCAGCAACAACACCAUCUUCGAGAAGGUCCUGGAGGUGACGGUGAAGGACAGCUGGCGGCCACCCAACAACCGCGGGCUGGGGCUGGCCGCCGUCCUGGGCAUCACCUUCGGCGCCUUCCUCAUCGGAGCACUCCUCACAGCCGGGCUCUGGUACAUCUAUUCACACACCCGUGAGCCACGGACCAGGCUGCUGUGUUGCCAUCACCCGUAUGGCCCUCCUGGCAACGCCACAGAGGAAUAA